AUGUCAAAGCCCAAGGUUCUCCAGCUCGGCGAGAUCGUUCUUGCUCACGACAAAUGGGAGCAAUUGACCGAUGUUGCAGAGAUUGUGACUCCCAAAGCCACAAACAGAGAAGAGUUCAUUGCCGAGUGCAAGAGUGGACGAUUCGAUGAUGUGAUUGCGGCAUACAGAACGUUUCCCUCGGUCAGCAUUACGGGUAUUUUUGACGAGGAACUGGUGCAAGCUAUUCCCAAAAGCUGGCGCUUUCUCGCACACAAUGGCGCUGGGUAUGAUCAAGUAGACGCGCACGCCUGUGCUGCUAGAGACCCUCCACUUUUGGUCUCCAACAUUCCUACCAUUGCCGACGACAGCACUGCUGAUACGGCUGUGUUUCUCAUCCUCGGUGCUCUCCGCAAUCUCAAUCCUUCCAUGCAGGCCUUGCGUGAAGGAAAGUGGAAGGGUUCGCCUCCGCCUGCUCUUGGCCACGAUCCUCAAGGCAAGACUUUGGGCAUUCUUGGUAUGGGCGGUAUUGGCCGUAACUUGAAAGUCAAGAUGGAUGUCUUUGGCAUGAAGGCCAUCUAUCACAACAGAAGAAAGAUGAGCAGUGAGGACGCAGCUGGCGCCGAGUACGUGAGCUUCGACGAACUGCUUGCGAGAUCUGAUGUCUUGAGCUUGAAUCUACCUUUGAAUCCCAAGACACGCCACAUCAUCUCAACCGCCGAGUUUGCAAAGAUGAAGAAGGGAGUAGUAAUCGUGAAUACUGCUCGCGGACCUGUCAUGGACGAAGACGCACUGGUCAAAGCCCUGGACUCUGGCCAUGUGGCUUCCUGCGGUCUCGACGUGUUUGAGGAGGAGCCCAAAGUCCAUGAGGGUCUAAUCCGCAAUCCUAGAACAGUUUUGGUUCCACAUAUGGGCACGUGGUGCAUCGAAACCCAAAUGAUGAUGGAGGAGUGGACCAUCGGCAACGUGAGAGAGGCGGUCACCAAGGGAAAACUUGUUAGUCCCGUGCCGGAACAUGUUGAUUUGCAAUGA